ACGUACAACAUGUUCUCCAAAAUCGUAGUACUGUGCGCUUUGGUCGCGGUGUCGAAAGCUGGACUUCUGGCUGCUCCCGUGCACUACUCUCCCGCUGAAGCCGUUUCUUCCCAAAGCAUUGUGCGCCAUGACCAGCCUCAGCUCCACGCUGCCAAGCUCGCUGUUGCUACCCCUGUAGCCUACCACGCGGCCCCUGUAGCGUACCAGGCUGCCCCAGUUGCCUACCACGCGGCCCCUGUAGCGUACCAGGCCGCCCCAAUUGCCUACCACACUUCUCCACUCCGCUACUCCUCGGCUGAAUCUGUCUCGUCCCAAAACAUCGUCCGUCAUGACCAGCCCCAGACUAUCCAAUACGCCGCUCCUGUAGCCAAGUUGGCCGUCGCUGCUCCCGUAGCUUACCACGCUGCUCCCGCCCCUGUUACCUACCACGCCGCCCCUGCCGCCGUGUCUUACCACUCUGCCCCAGUAGCCAAAAUUGUAGCUCACCAAGCUGAGGAAAUUGCCUACCCCAAGUACGAGUACAACUACUCCGUAGCUGACGGUCACUCCGGCGACAACAAGUCCCAACAAGAGGUACGCGACGGUGAUGUUGUGAAGGGUUCAUACUCUUUCCACGAAGCUGACGGCUCUAUCAGAACUGUUGAAUACACCGCUGACGACCACAGCGGCUUCAACGCGGUCGUCCACAACACCGCCCCCACAGCCGCCCCUACUCACAUCAAGGCUGUGCCCGCUCUUCAGUACUACCACCACUAA